AUGGUAAGGCGCAGAAUAAAUCGACGUAACAAACGUCAACUUUACGGCGUAUUGGGAGAAGAUUCAUCAUUAUCAGCUAUAAUAUAUUUACCAAAAACUAAGAAACUACGACAAUUUCCAACUUGUCAACGUUUUUGUUUGUUUUCAUUUGGUUUAUUUAUUUCGAUCAUCUUGGCAUUAUUAUUAAACUAUUUAAAUGAACCUAUCCGAUCUAUAAAGUACAGACUCCCAAAACCACCGGAACUUACUGGUACCUUAAGACCAAAUCAGGAGUUAACCCAUGCAGAAAUAUUGUUGCCAAAUAGAAUCAAUGGACCGGAAUCGAUUGCAAUACAUGAAAAAAGUAAAACUAUAUAUGUUGGACUUAAAACCGGUUUGAUUGCUGGAAUUGAAAUUGAUAGAUUUAAAAAGGUGAAGUUGGUGAAAAGUAUCAAAUUAUUUAAAAGACCGGAAUACAACAGGCUAUGUGAUGGAAGUUAUCAUUCAGUACUGGAAUGUGGUCGUCCUUUAGGAAUGCGGUUCAACCGGAAAAAUCCUGAUUUAUUACUUAUUGCUGAUGCUUAUUAUGGAAUUUUCGAAGCAAAUGUUCAAAAUGAGACGGUAAGGCAAAUUUUAAAGCCUGGAACAAAGAUAGCACAUAGCUUAUCUUGGCCAGUUGUCCAUUUUAAUGAUUUUGAUAUCAGCCAAGAUGGACAUCAUAUUGUUUUCACUGAACCAUCUCAUCGUUUUGCUGACCGUGAUUGCUUUUAUGCAAUGGUUGAACAUAGAUCGGAUGGAAGAUUAUUACAUUAUAAUAUGCAUACCGGUGUACUUCGUGUACUGAUCGAUGAUUUAUAUUAUCCGAACGGUGUGGAAUUUGAUAAAACUGGAAAAUGUGUAUUUUUUUCCGAAAUGGGCAAUCUUCGAAUACUCAAGUAUUGUUUCAAUUAUAAAUCUGGGAAAUACAUGAUCGUAGCAAAUAAUUUGCCUGGAUAUCCGGAUAAUAUUCGAACAGCCAAUAAUGGAAUGCUAUGGGUACCACUUGGCCAAGUUCGCUUAGAAGAUGAUUCUUGGAUUACUGAAAGACCUUUUCUAAGAGAUAUCAUUGCUAUGGUAGUAAAAACUCAAACGUUUAUGACAAUUCUUGAUUAUUUCUUACCCAAAUAUGGCUUGUUAUUGCUUAUUAAUCCAGCUAAUGGUACAAUUAUGCGAAGCUUCCAUGAUCCUACCGGUUCAACUAUAAAUUCAAUUUCACAAGCGAUCGAACUUAACGAUGGUACUAUUCUGCUCGGCGGUGAUAGUAAUACGUUUUUGGCCAGAUUUAAACCAUCAACAAUAUUAUGA